CCGGUUACGGUGUUGCCAGUGUUUCGUCCAUAUUGCCAGUGCUACUGUAACGGGGCUGCCUGAGUUCCAAGUUCACAGUCCACAGUCCAAGAUCCUUCAACCGAUUCAUCUCCAAGGUUGUUAUCAAACUACUCACAUCCACCGACACUACCUGGUUCAUCCGAUUGUUGCCCAGCAUGGCAAAUGAUGGCGCUUCGUCCCCCGUUUCUCCCCUCAAAGCAACAGAAGGGCCACCCGAAUCUCCCACCACAGCCCGUCCCUUGGACUUUGACAGCGAUCAGGAGACCGGCACUGUGACCCCGACAAAGGACCCAAACGCACAAUCAUCGCAGCCGAAACCGCCCCCGAAAGACGACGAUGUUCCACCUCCGAAACCUCCUAGGCCAUUGAGCCCUCGUCAACAAGCCGAGAAUACUCUGAGAGAAGCUUUCCCUACUAUUGAUGCCAGCGUCGUUCGGGCAGUUCUGACGGCCAGUGGCGGCAAUGUCGAGCCCGCAUUCAACGCCUUGUUGGGAAUGACCGACCCCGACUCACAGCGGGAGCCCGAACCGCCGGCCAAACCUCCGCGCCCGCAACAACCGACAGGUAAACUCAGCCAGGUCGAAGCAGACGAACUGUACGCGAGACAGCUGGCCGAACAAUAUGGCGGUGGAGAGCGAAGAGAUCCACGUCGUUCAGGAUCCAGCAACAGGUUCAACGAAGAUCUUCGUGGCUCAAGGGCUGGUGCUGGUCGCCCAGGUGCAAGACCCAACCCGGACGACGUGCCAUGGCGGAGUUUCAUCGAUGACGACCUUCCCGAAAUCCGAGACAACAUUCGCAAAGGGUUCAUGGAGACACAGAGCACGGUGAACAAAUGGAUCUCGGCGUUCAAGAAGAAGCUCGAUGGUGAGGAGGAGGACGAUGGCCAAUUCCAAGGUCAACCCACUCAAGGCUAUGGAGCCGGAGCCGGCGCUGGUCGAGGCUACGAUGGCCGUCAGCCAUAUCCGCAACAGACCCCAGGGCGGCGUAGCGGGGAUAUGCGACGAAGUGCCGAUCUACAACGGUACGACGCCGACAUGCAGCCUAUCGGUGACGACUUUUCCAAGUUGGAAUUGCAUGAUAACGACCCUCCACCACGAACCUCGAGCCGGCCACUGGCCAACCCCAAAAUGUUUCGCCCAGGAUCUGGAGCCGCAGCUACUGGACUAGAGCGAAGCACCUCAUCCGGCGGGAACCGCAAAGUCUCUUUCCAAGACGGUCCGCCCGAGGAGAUUCGAGACAUGUACUCUGCCUCACCGAAGCCUUCGCCCGCAGUGACCACGACACCAGGUUCGGGCAAGACGAGCAAAUGGCAGCCUUUGGCCACGGUCGAUCCUAGCCCAGUCGCGGAUAACGACCCGUUCAGCCUGGGCGACAGUGACGAAGAGAAGGACGCCAAACCUAUUACUCUGGAAGACGAUGACGCACCCAAGUCUGGCGGCGCAGCAUCCGAGGACAACAAGAAAUCGAAAGUCGAGGACGCCAAAUCUGAAGAGGAUGAGCAGGUCAAGAAAGCCACGGAUGAGGCAAUGAAGGAAAGCAUAGGCACGAAAUAGGGGAGAAGCCAAGAGCCGUGAGCUGAUGGAGAGAUAUGGCCUGGGUUUCUCCUCGAUGUUUUGGUUUGCCUUUUUCAUAGACCUUUGAGCAGCGUGCAAUCAUGAUCCUUUUUUGUUGCGCUCCUCUAAAACCCGCUUCUCGUAAUCGGCCUGUCGGACGAGUUCGAUGCCUACGCUGCCCAAGUACGUGCAGUGCUAAAGCAGUUGUAAUUAUGACAUAUUGUAUAGAAACUAAGCAAGG